UUGUAGCAAAAUGUCUUCCAUCGAUGUGACGGAGAUCUUGCGAACAUCGACCGAGCUGCAGUUGAAGCGACCUCGUAUUGAUAUUGCAAAUAUAUCUACAGCAACCACCGCACCGGAAGAUAUUCUGGCUGCAUUGGAGCGGGAUGAAUCACAGACAGUGGUUGUUGAUGAAGCAGCUGUUAAACGAAUUGUUAUGCAGCUGGAGAAACGAUGUCUGAGAAAUCGAGAAAUGCGCAUCAAAUAUGGCGAUGAACCAGCAAAAUUCAUGGAUAGCGAAAUUGAAUUAAAUGAAGCGAUACAGGAAAUGCAUGCCUUGGCAACGCAACCCGAUUUGUACGAAUUGCUUAUUGAUAUUGGUGCAACAACAACUCUUUUGCAGUUAUUAGCUCACGAAAACUCUGACGUUGUUGCCGCUGUCAUCGAUCUUUUGCAGGAAUUAACAGAUGUUGACACGUUGAAUGAAGGUGAAAGUGCUGCAGCGAAACUAAUUGAUGUGUUGGUUGCCGAUCAGCUGAUUGAAACAUUGGUACAGCAGAGUAUUGAACGUUUGGAUGAAACAAUAAAAGAUGAAGCCGAUGCAAUUCAUAAUGCAUUAUCGGUUGUAGAAAAUGUGCUCGAUUUCCGACCACCAUUUGCUGAUAUUUGUGUCGAACAGGGUUUGUUUGCUUGGCUUCUUCGUCGUGCGACUCAACGAGGAGCUUUGGAUGCUAAUAAGAUGUUUGCUAGCGAAUUACUUUCUUUGCUUCUGCAGUCAACUGAAUUAGCUAGAAAACGAUUAACGGAAAAAGUUGAUGGCUUCGAUUUACUGCUUCGUGCUUUGGCCACUUACAAGCGUCAUGAUCCUGGGAGUGCAGAUGAACGGGAACAUAUGGAGAACUUGUUUAAUGCCGUGUGCGCUGCACUUAUGUAUGCACCAAACAGACAGAAAUUUUUGGACGGUGAAGGCCUUCAGUUAAUGAAUCUUAUGCUUAGGGAACGUAAGCAGUCACGAGAAAGUGCAUUAAAAGUUUUGGAUUAUGCUACAAAUGGUGUAGAAGGAAAAUCGAACUGUGUCAAGUUCAUCGAUAUUCUUGGUUUGCGAACUAUUUUUCCGCUGUUUAUGAGAACUCCAUCAAAGCAGAAAAGAAAAGAUUCAACACCAGAUGAACACGAAGAACAUGUUUGUUCGGUUUUGUCAUCCUUAUUGAGGUCUUGUGGUGAAGAAGGACGCAACCGCAUUUUUUCGAAAUUUAUUGAACAUGAAUAUGAAAAAGUCGACCGUGCAGUUGAACUCGUUUUAAAAUAUCAAACCUGCAGAAUCAUUAAAAUUUACUGAACACAAAAUCUCCUGAAAGCAAAUCUCAACGGAACUCUCAUAAUAUUAUGUUUAGGCUCUAGAACAGGGAACGUAUGGAUCGAUUUGAUACCCGGCAGGCUAAUUUGGCAAAGGACAGCAAAUUAUCUGAUGGUGAAAUUGAACAACUGUAUCUGGAUAAGUUGGAUGCUGGUUUGUAUACACUGCAACGAAUCAUUUUAAUUCUUGCGGAUGUAUGCUCAAACGCUAUGCCAGGUUGUCGUAAUCGAGCGGUAAAAUUGUUCCAAAUGCGCACUGGAAAUGGAAAGCUUAGCAAACAUCUUGUUCCGAUCCUUGAAGAAUACGAAAUCAAUUUAGGCGCUGAAGCAGAUGAAGAAAGAAAACGCACACGUCAGCUUAUGGCACGGCUAAAUGACAUUGAUAAAAACUAGAUCUUUUAUCUUACAUUUAUGUUUGUUGUACAUACGAUUCAUUCUUUUUUUUAUAUUGAUGUUCAUAAUUGAUGCCCUCUGCUCUUUUAGAUUUACCUUGCGCUUUUUGUCCACGGAUGAAAUUUUACGUCUUGAUUGAUUUGAACCACUACAAAUUUUAAAUUUUCUCUGCUUAAUAAGAUUGUGGAAUUUUGAAGCAAAUAAAAUUAAAUAAACUGAGGACACAUUAUUUUGGCGCAAACAUCUCCCUUCGGUGGUCAU